GCAGUGUUGUCCUCUGACAGACCUGACGCGGAGUCCACGUCCUUCUCAUGUCCACUCCAUGUCAGUGUGGACUGUCCCUGGUCACGUGUCACCUCCCUUGACUCGUUUUCUUUUCAUGACUCAGCGGAUUUUCGUCUGCAGCGUCAGGACUUUGAUCGUUUGACUCCACGUCCACGGGAAUAACUCACACAACAGGGAGUCGGAUGUAUUAGGACACCAUGUCUCCGCCCCCCCACUGCUGCCGCCGCCGCCGCCUCCUGCUGCUGACGUCCUGCUUCCUGCUGCUGGUUCUGGUUCAGGUUCCUCGGGUUCGGUCCAGACCGACCACAGAGGACACGGACACAGCCGACGCAGUGAAAUCGUCCGAGGACGAAGAAGAUGACGAGUCGUCGUCAGAGGAAAACAAACUCUCCAACGAGCUGUCGACGAGCAACGAAAAGCUUCAGCCGAUGGCUCCUCAGUGGGUGAUGCCAGAGAAGAUGAAGAAGCAGCUCCACGCCGUUCCAGCCAGCAGCACCGUGCGGUUCCGGUGUCAGGCGUCUGGAAACCCUGUCCCGUCUCUGCGCUGGUACAAGAACGGAAAAGAGUUCAAGAAAGACCAGAGAAUCGGAGGCUUUAAGAUCAGAGGACACAUGUGGACUCUUAUCAUGGAGUCUGUGGUUCCGUCAGACAAAGGCAACUACACGUGUGUGGUGGAGAACCAGUACGGGAGCCUGAAACACACCUACCUGCUGGACGUGGUCGAACGUUCUCCUCACAGACCGUUCCUGCAGGUCGGUCUGCCGGCGAACCAAACCGCCGCCGUCGGUGCCGACGUGCGGUUCGUGUGUCGCGUGUUCAGCGACCCGCAGCCUCACAUCCAGUGGCUCAAACACAUCACGGUCAACGGCAGCAGAGAGGGACCGGACGGACUGCCGUACGUCCUCGUCCUCAAGUCUGCAGGUUUGAACACGACAGAUAAAGACAUGGAGGUCCUGACUCUGAGGAACAUCUCCGCGGGCGACGCUGGCGAGUACACGUGUCUGGCGGGAAACUCCAUCGGAGUCUCGUACCACUCGGCCUGGCUCACCAUCGUGGAAGACCUGCAUCCUUCACCCCUGCCCUCGCAGACGUACUUGGAGAUCUUCCUCUACUGCCUCGGGUUCUUCAUCGUCGUCGUCCUCACGGCCGCGGCGGUCGCCUGCAGACUCUGCUGCGCCCCGAAGAAGAGCGACUUCAGCAGUCAACUGUCCGUGCAGAAACUGGCCAAAAGUGUUCCUCUGAGGAGACAGGUGUCGGUGGACUCGUCGUCCUCUCUGCAGUCAGGGAUGUGUUUGAUGCGUCACUCUCGUCUCUCCAGUGCGGCGACCACCGUCCUGGCCGGAGUGUCGGAGUACGAGCUUCCCUACGAUCCCGUCUGGGAGCUGCUGCGAGAUCGGCUAACGCUGGGGAAACCUCUGGGUGAAGGCUGCUUUGGUCAGGUGAUGCUGGCCGAGGCUGUGGGAGUCGACAAGAACAAACCCACACGUCUCUCCAAGGUGGCUGUGAAGAUGCUCAAAGCUGACGCCACAGAGAAGGACCUGUCUGACCUGAUCAGUGAGAUGGAGAUGAUGAAGAUGAUCGGUAAACACAAGAACAUCAUCAACCUGCUGGGAGCCUGCACUCAGGACGGUCCUCUGUACGUGGUGGUGGAGUACGCCUCGCAGGGGAACCUCCGGGAGUACCUCCGCGCUCGGCGGCCGCUCGGACUGGAAUACUGGAGCGGAUCCAGGCAGACGAUGCUGGGCAGCUUAGAGGUCAGAGAGCUGGUGUCCUGCGCCUACCAGGUGGCCAGAGGAAUGGCGUACCUCGCUUCAAAGAAGUGUAUCCACAGAGACCUGGCGGCCAGGAAUGUCCUCGUCACAGAGGACAACGUGAUGAAGAUCGCAGACUUCGGUUUGGCCCGGGACGUCCACCACAUCGACUAUUACAAGAAGACGACUAAUGGUCGUCUGCCGGUGAAGUGGAUGGCACCUGAGGCUUUGUUUGACCGGAUCUACACUCACCAGAGCGACGUGUGGUCGUUUGGCGUGCUGCUGUGGGAGAUCUUCACCCUCGGUGGAUCUCCUUACCCUGGAGUUCCUGUGGAGGAGCUGUUCAAGCUGCUGAAGGAAGGUCAUCGCAUGGAGAAACCAGCCACCUGCACACAGGAACUGUACCUGAUGAUGAGAGACUGCUGGCACGCCGUCCCUUCUCGCAGGCCGAUGUUCCAGCAGCUGGUGGAAGACUUAGAUCGUACACUUUCUCUCAUGGCGAAUCAGGAGUACCUGAACCUGGCCGUCCCUCUGAUCCAGUAUUCUUCUGUGGUCUCGUUCGCUCCGGUUCGUUCCUGCAGCUCCACAUAAACGUCGUGGGCGCUUUUUUUCCACUUCCUGCGUCGCCUUCAUCCGCUUCCUGUUUCCUGUGGCGGCGACGGUGGCAGUGGUAGCGAUGAUGGCGGCGUUGGUCCCAGACGAAGCCACGUCAGACGCAGCAGAGACGAGAAAGUUCACUGAUGAAGAUGAAGAUGAAGAACAUGGACUGAGCUGCUCGUUCAGAGACUGAGAGACAGAGACGUGAGCUGAGCUCCUGCUCACACACAGCUGUGCUUCACUGUUAUUAGUGUGAAUAUUAUUGUAAAUAAUAGUUAUUUUAUGUCUUUUUAUGUAAAACAAAAAUGCAUUUCUGUGAGAAAACGUCACAGAAGAAAGUUUUUUUUAAAAAAAAGGGAAAAAUAGAAUAAAUAAGAAUUUAUAAAAUACUCAAAAUUCAGUCACUUUAAUUUAUAGAUCUAACAUUUGUGUAUUUUAUUCAUUCAUUCAGUCGUUUCUGUGGUUAAUUCUCGUGCUGCAACUAAUUAUUAUUUUCUUAAUCAAUUAAUUUGUCAACUGUAUCUUUAAAUUUUAUAGAUGAUUUGGUUUAAUAAUUGCACGACAAUGGUCAGAAAUGUUAAAUGUUUGUGUUUCUCAUCUAAAAACCAAAGAUAUUCAGUUUGAAACCAGAACAUAUUUACAUUUCAGAAGCUGAGAUUUGGAAAACUAAGACUCAAAAUGAUUAAAAGAUUAUUAAAAUAGUUGCCUGUUCAUUUACCAAUCAAUCAAUAACUGAUUGAUUGCUUUUUUUUUUUUGCAGCUGUAUAAUUUAUUUCAUGUAUUUGUUGCAUCAGGUUUGGUCGACUCGCUCGUGUAAAGUCACCAAACGUGACGUCAGUGUCCAACGUUGCACUUAUUUCCAGCUGUUUUCAGUUACACAAACAAACUGUUCAUUAUGACAAUUAACAGCAUUAAAAUCCUCUCCUCUC